AUGUUAUCCACUACUUCCCAGCAGGCCCUCAUGGACGUGGAAUGGAUGACAAGCCUCUCGGCUCUCAGUAUGUUUGUUGAACAUUGCGGUCGCACCCCCUUUUCGUUCGAGUACAGACCAAAUUUUAGUACGCAGGUCAAUUGCGUCGAGGGCGCACUCACACUCGAGAACGGUGAACUGAUCAUUUCUCUGGAGAAUGGUGCUAAAGCCAGUUUCGUUUCUUUGCGGCACUCUAUGGUUUCGUUUACCAUGCCAAAAAAUGAGAACUUUCUUAAGACUUUUGACGAUGCACGGGCGACCUUUCGAACUGAGUGGAUGGCACCGGAAGAAAGCAAGUCUAUACUGCAUUAG